CUCUGUUAAAGAGUCAAUCCAUUGAAAGUAGUUUUCAAGUGAUUUAACAAUAUUUAUAUGCUAUGAUUGGGCCAAUAAAUGAGCAAGGUCAAUCAUACACAUGUGCCAUACAGUCAACACUCAUCUCAUUUGACCAUUUUAUUUAUAAUUCAUAAUUAUUAACAAUUAUUUUUAUUGCAUUAUUAAAUAAAAUUUUUAUGUUUUAGUUUUUAAAUUAGUUUUAGUAUUGAUUAAAAUUGAAUUUUAAACCCAUAAUGACGUCCAAUAGUGGUCUCAAUGAUUGGAUUUAUUUGAUUUGCUCCGCAUUGACCACAUUAUUAUGUCUUGUACUGAAAAUCCCUCAAUUGAUUGCUUUGAUUCAAAGCAAGUCCAGCCGUGGACUGAGUCUUCAGAGUUUAGUUCUGGAGCUGUGGGCGAUGAGAAUGCGGUUAGCUAUGGGCGACAGCUACAUGAGGCUCAUGGGCUAAGAACGCAAUUGGGAAACCCUAUUGGAUGGUACAGUAAAGCGCUUCAAUUGUGGACAAUCGUGAAGAACAAAGACUCGGGACAAGUGUCAGCUCUGACGUGGAGUCUGAACGCGUGUUCAUACCUAACGAUGUUGUCCUACUCUUACGCCAAUCGAUACCCGCUGUCGAUGUACUCCGAGUACCCGAUUCUUGCCAUUCAAGACUCGGGACAAGUGUCAGCUCUGACGUGGAGUCUGAACGCGUGUUCGUGUGCCUCACGUCUGACCACAUUAUGGCUAUCAAUAAUGGACGGCAUAGUAGUGACCACUUUAAUCGUCUCAUUCUUCCUCAACGCAAGCGUUGCGAUCGCCGCUCAUAUAUACCGACCGAAGAUUAAAACAGAAUAGACUGAAAUUGACUUAUUUUUAAAUAUUACUUUAUAUUUUAAAAUUAAUUCAAAAGAUUACUGCCAUAAGAGAUAUCACACAAUAAUCCAUAAAUAAUAUUAAAUUACAUCAAAUACAAUAAGAAUUAAGAUUUAUUACAAUUGGG